AUGGCUGAAGCGCUGAGCAGCUGCGACGAAGCGGUGAGCGUUUCUCCCGAUGGCGCAGUGAGACACGAGUUAGCAGGAAUAGGCAUCCACUCUCUGCCAUCAUUCGGGUUACGCAUUUCAAACAUCAUUUAUCGGGGACCCAAACCUGACGCCGUGAAGAUUCAGCUCGAAGUCAUUCAUACCGCUCUUCAAGCCAUCGUCAGGAACCCAGAAUUCAGUACAAGGAAGACGGAAACUUUGAGGAACAUUUAUGAACUACUGCAGCUGGCGAUUGCCCAUCAACUCACCGUAGAGUUCAUGUCGGUACCGCCACAUGCGAGCUUGCAAGUCAAUGAAUUCGCAGAUGACCUGGCGCACGUCGCCACAAGGAAAGAACGAACUCCCAUCGAUAGGAGUGUUACAGCGCAAGAAUUCAGAAACUUAGGCCAACAGCGAAUCGAGUACAAGAAGGCGCGAUUCCAGGCUCGAACUGUAGCGAAGCAUCUUAGAGACCUAGAUAAAGCUUUACCAGGUCCCCGCACAAGAACGAUAUGUGACAGAUUAGUUCACGUCUACGAGGUCAUCUUGGCCGAAACGAGAGGGGGCUAUUGCGGGCUGAGGGACUACUUACACAAGACCGGGCAGGCCGAGAAUGAUAGCUUCGAAUGUGGCCAAAUAGAAACAGUGGAAGACUGCCUCCCUGAAUGCCAGAAGUGGCCUACGCAACAAUAACGUUUCUGGACCAUAAAUGAAUUGCAUGACCUCACCGUAGCAAAAAUUUGUUGCGCAUACUCGUCCCAACAGCAAGAAGGGCCGAUCGAAAAGUGGCAACCGAGUUUGAAGACUAUUCGCGAUACGAUUUCAUUUGUAAAGGACACAAGAAGAUUGAAAAGUGGAAUCAAGUUAACUUACCGUAUGAGAAUAACUUGGCAACGCGUGACGACUGACGGUUGAUUUCGUCAAGAUCCAGCACAAAAAGUGACGCGAUCAGGCAGACUGAAUAUAUACGUAAAGGAGC